AUGAAAACGAUUUUGAAUGUGAAAUUUAAUUCAAACCUGAUGAUGAUCAGAAAAAGCAGCAACGUCGACAUGUGUGCUUUCUGCUUUGCCGUGUCUCGACUGUCUUUAAGAUUUCAUAACUACUCAGAAAAAAUACUGAUCAUUGAUCAAGUCAGAAUUAAGUACACAUUUAGAAGAUUUUAUUUCGACUUUGCUUUGUUGAUCAAUUUGAUGACUUUGUACAGAGUGUACCAAAUGAUUGACUGGUCAAAAGUUUCUCAAAAUGUCUGUUCAGUGAUAAAUAUCUGUUCAGUGUUCUACCCUCGCUUUUUCGAUUUAGAUAUUAAGCAUCAAAUCCAACCUUUCCAACAACAUUUCACUGCAUCAACAACAUGA